GGGAGCCAGGGGAAGUGGUGAUGGUGGUGAAAGAAUGACAGGAAGUGAAUUCUUUUCUCGUUUCCCGGAACUCUAUCCCUUUCUUCUCCAACAGUUGGAAGCUGUAGCUAAUACUGUGGACAGUGAUACAGGAGAACUCAACCGUCAUCCAAGCAUGUUUCUCUUACUUUUGGUGUUGGGAAGACUCUACCCUUCCCCGAUGGAUGGCACCUCUUCUGCUCUCAGCAUGGCGCCUUUCAUUCCGUUCAUUAUGAGAUGUGGUCGCUCACCUGUCUACCGCUCCCGUGUAAUGGCAGCUCGUGCCUUGGUCCCAUUUGUUAUGGUAGAUGAAAUCCCCACUACCAUCCGAACUCUGUUGGCCAAACUCCCCAACUGCACUGAUCAGUGUUUCCGGCAAAACCAUAUUCAUGGGACACUUCUCCAGGUAAAUACAGUUACUUUGUGUCAAACAGCACAGGAUAAACUUUGGUUUCUCAUGUACUGUUGGCAGGUAAAGAUUUGAUACAUAAGCUUUUAACUUUAUCUGUGGAACUUUUUUCUAUUGCUGAAAGAAAAGGUAUUUCCUAGGUGUGCUUUUUUUCAUUUCAUCACACUGUGAUUCAGUCAGAUCGUCUUUUGCAUUAAAUCCUGUGUCAGGGGC